AUGCAGUUCGCAUCGGUGAAGGGGGAAGGGCUGGACGACGAGAUCCUGGAGGAGCUCCGGAGGCUGCAGGACGACGUGGAACCGUUCGAGCCGUGUGGCGAACAGCUGGAGAUCUUGGCGCGCAACGGCGUGCCGCACGGAGCCUCUCCCAUCGCAUGCGGCUCCGUCGCCGCCGUAUACAGGGGGACCGACGCGGUCGGGAGAGAUGUCGCCAUCAAGGUGAAGCGGCCGGGGGUGCGGCAGGCUUUCCUGGACGGCUUCCGCGACUGUUGCGUGGCCUUCGACGUGCUCAAGGGCCUCGGCGUGCCGGGGACGCAGAACAUGAGGGACGUCGUCACCGAGAUGAUGCCCGUCGUGAUCUCGGAGACCGACUUUCGAGGCGAGAUCCGCAACGUGGACCGAUUCAGGACCUCCCUGGCGGAUCUGGACUUCGUCAAGGUGCCCCGAGUGUACGACGGCGGGCCAGACUUCAUCGUGAUGGAGUACGUGCCUUCGGGCGCGCGCCCUCUCCCGGACGGAAAAUAUGAUGGACGACUGUCAGAGAUGGCACUCGCGGCCGUAGCGACAUCGAGGGCUGUGCUCGCGCCGAGGGAGCUCGGCAACAGGGCGAGGCGCAUAGCAGAGACGACGGUCUUCGGCGUCGAGCUCCUCGCGCGCAUAAAGUGGCAGACGGACCGGCAGCAGCUCGGGGGGUGGAUGCGUACGCAGGCUCAGGAGAAGGGGCCGCUCUUCGUCAAGAUCAUGCAGUUCGCAUCGGUGAAGGGGGAAGGGCUGGACGACGAGAUCCUGGAGGAGCUCCGGAGGCUGCAGGACGACGUGGAACCGUUCGAGCCGUGUGGCGAGCAGCUGGAGAUCUUGGCGAGCAACGGCGUGCCGCACGGAGCCUCUCCCAUCGCAUGCGGCUCCGUCGCCGCCGUCUACAGGGGGACCGACGCGGUGGGGAGAGAUGUCGCCAUCAAGGUGAAGCGGCCGGGGGUGCGGCAGGCUUUCCUGGACGGCUUCCGCGACUGUUGCGUGGCCUUCGACGUGCUCAAGGGCCUCGGCGUGCCGGGGACGCAGAACAUGAGGGACGUCGUCACCGAGAUGAUGCCCGUCGUGAUCUCGGAGACGGACUUUCGGGGCGAGAUCCGCAACGUGGACCGAUUCAGGACGACCCUGGCGGAUCUGGACUUCGUCAAGGUGCCCCGAGUGUACGACGGCGGGCCAGACUUCAUCGUGAUGGAGUACGUGCCUUCGGUGAAGCUCGACGAUCUGCGAGCCGUGUCGGAGAUAGCCCGGCCAGGCACGGUCGCGGUCCGACUCGCCGCCGCCUUCGCCUUCCAACUCUUCCGCAACGGACUCUUCCACGGGGACCUGCACCCGGGCAACGUGGGGUUGACGGACGACGGUCGUCUGGUCUUCUACGACCUCGGCUCCUGCGUGUGCCUCGACGCGCGCCCGCAGGCGUACUUCAAGACCUUCGUGGAGGCGAUGGUCCAGAACGACCAGAACAAACUGCUCGACUGCCUGACCGGCCUGGGCGUGGUGGACGUGUCGGGCAGCACGCCCGUCGAGGCCGCGCUGAUCAAGAAGGAGCUACGAGCCGUGAUCACUCUCAUGCGGACCGGGGGCACGCACAAGCAGAUCCGCGACAUAUUCGAGACCAACGAAACCUUCACGAGCAACUACAAGCGCAUAUUCCGACCGAGGGUCGAGGUCAUGUAUCUCAUCCGGUCGGGAGGGAUGGUGGAUGCCCUCUGCAAGACGCU